GUCAAAAAACAUUGAAGAAACGUCGAGAGUUCCCCAGGUUACCCGAAAACGGUGCACGCGUUUGCAUUUGAAAGAAAAAUUUCCUAAAAUCUAUCUUUUUUCUGGAGUUUUAGUUGAUUCGCUAGAAAAAGUGAAAAUUUUAACCAGCCAAGAUGGUAGUAAAAACUGUUGCAAAGGGUGUAAGACCGCAAGGGCAGGCGUACAAGGAUAAAAGCAAACCGGCUGAGAUCCGCCAAAGCAAUAUCAAUGCUGCAAAAGCUAUUGCUGAUGCCAUCCGGACAAGCUUGGGUCCUCGUGGGAUGGACAAAAUGAUUCAAUCGGGCAACGGAGAAGUCACUAUUACCAAUGAUGGAGCGACGAUUUUGAAGCAAAUGAACGUGAUCCACCCGGCAGCCAAGAUGUUGGUCGAAUUGUCUCGGGCACAGGACGUCCAGGCUGGAGAUGGCACCACCUCGGUAGUGGUUGUGGCCGGUGCCCUUUUGGAGGCCGUUGAAAAGUUACUUGCUAUGGGAAUUCAUCCCACUGCGAUUUCCGAUGCCUUUCAGCGCUGUUCUACUAAAGCGGUUGAAAUUUUAACCGAAAUGUCACGACCGAUCGAGCUGACAGAUCGUGAGUCGUUGGUCAAGAGUGCUUCGACCUCGUUGAACUCUAAAGUUGUUUCUCAGCAUAGUAGUCAGCUAGCUCCAAUCGCAGUGGAUGCAGUAUUGAAGGUAACCGAACCGGGACAUGAAAUCGGUGUUGAUCUGAAAAACGUUAAGGUCAUUCGAAGCCUGGGAGGCACUAUUGAAGAUACUGAAUUGAUUGAAGGUCUGGUUUUCACUCAACGUUCAAGUGGCGUCAAUGGACCGAAACGUGUAGAGAAGGCCAAAAUUGGUCUGAUUCAAUUCUGUAUUUCUGCUCCGAAAACCGAUAUGGACCACAGUGUGGUGGUUUCAGAUUAUGCUGCAAUGGAUCGCGUACUAAAAGAAGAACGUGCUUACAUUCUGAACAUUGUAAAACAGAUCAAGAAGUCUGGCUGCAACGUUCUGCUGGUUCAGAAGUCCAUUCUUCGUGAUGCUAUUUCAGAUUUGGCUCUUCAUUUUCUUGAUAAAAUUAAAGUAAUGGUCGUGAAAGACAUCGAACGAGAGGACAUUGAAUUUGUUUGCAAGACCUUGAACUGCCGUCCAAUUGCUUCGCUUGACCAUUUCGUUCCCGAGCAUUUGGUAAACGCUGAUUUGGUUGAAGAGGUUUCCAGUGGAUCCAGCAAGUUUGUGAAAUUCACCGGCAUUCAAAACAUGGGAAAGACCGUUUCCAUUGUAAUUCGUGGAUCAAACAAACUUGUGCUCGAGGAAGCUGACCGUUCGUUGCACGAUGCAUUGUGUGUUGUACGGUGUUUGGUUAAAAACCGGGCUCUCAUUGCUGGUGGAGGUGCUCCUGAAAUCGAGAUGGCUCUGCAGCUGGCUGCUCACGCACAAACUCUUGGUGGAGUUGACUCGUACUGUUUCCGAGCGUUUGCUAAUGCUUUGGAGGUGAUUCCAUCGACACUGGCUGAAAACGCUGGCUUGAAUCCAAUUGCCACCGUGACUGAGCUUCGCAAUCGACAUGCUCACGGUGAAAAGAAUGCCGGUAUCAACGUACGUAAAGGAGCGAUCACUGAUAUUCUGACAGAAAAUGUCGUUCAACCGUUACUAGUUUCCACAUCGUCGAUCACUCUGGCCACGGAGACAGUUCGGUCAAUACUUAAAAUUGAUGAUAUCGUUAAUACUAUGCAGUAAGCUUACUAUUGUAACAAUUCAGCAGACCGAAAUUUCACAUCAUAACCAGCAUAACGAUUUUCCUUCUGCACAGUAUAAUUAUUUGUGUAUCACCUUUUCGUCUUUAGUCUAACAAAAAUAAAAUGAAUAAAGAAGUACGUUUAAACACCCCAACAAA